AUUAUGCGCGCUCCUGGUCGAAACGGAGAAGACUGAGAGAAGUGAAAAAGCGCAAAUAUUUAGCUGUCUGUAAAUUAGUACAUCGUUGAGCAAUAACUAGCUACACAAUGUCUGAAGAAAAGCCAAAGGAAGGAGUGAAGACUGAAAACGACCACAUCAACCUAAAAGUUGCAGGUCAAGAUGGGUCAGUAGUCCAAUUCAAAAUUAAAAGGCACACUCCGCUCAGCAAGCUGAUGAAGGCAUACUGCGAAAGACAGGGUUUGUCAAUUAGACAGAUAAGGUUUAGGUUUGACGGACAGCCGAUUAACGAGACUGACACACCUGCACAGCUUGAGAUGGAAGAUGAGGAUACUAUUGAUGUAUUUCAACAACAGACUGGCGGCUCCUCCCUCUCUGAGGCUCCUCCUCCCUCUCUGAGGCUCCUCCUCCCUCUCUGAGGCUCCUCCUCCCUCUCUGAGGACAGAUACACUUGAAGAGCAGCAUCACUCAAAACAUAUUUUUUUUUAAAUAAUCGUUCAGCGUUAUAAAUAUAUUUUUUGUUUGAUCGAUCCGCUUCCCCCCCAAGCCCUAAAAUGUUGUGAGGGGAGGCAGGGUUCUGUUUACAAUGGAAAACCAUGGCGUUAAGAAAGACGGACUGUUAAAUGGGUUACAUUCACAUUCUCUACCCACUCGUUCAAUCCCCCUUCAUGCUUUUUAAAGCAUUGCAUUGGUGCAGCAUGACUAAAGGGAGAUUCCACCACCAUACUCCUCACACCAUUCCAUUUAAAUGCCUGAGAUUGAGUGAACGAGUGUGGGGUAGUGAAUUGGGACGUAGCCAUGGUCCUAUUUGUCAUGAUCACAAGCUGGAUUUUCAUGCCACCGAUCCAUUUCUUGUUUAUAUUCACAACGAGGAUGAACUAGAACUGUUUUUGAGAAUAUGUAUUUGUUUCACACACAGGACUAAGGUGAUGUGGGGGGGGGGAUCCAACUGUCAUUCAGACUCUGCCCCUAAUGGCACCCUAUUCCCUUUAAAGUGCACUACUUUUUGACCAAUAGUAGUGCACUAUAUAGUGAAUAGGGUGCCACGGCCCAUAGGGCUCUGGUCAAAAGGAGUGCACUAUAUAGUGAAUAGGGCGCAAUUUGGGAUGCGCCUCAAUCUACCACAGGUUGAGGUAACACAAGGUCCAUUAGUGAUGAGGUAACACAAGGUCCACUAGUGAUGAGGUAACACAAGGUCCUCGAGUG